AUGAUUUUCCUACUACUUCUUUGUGGAUUUUUCGCUUAUUUGUCUUAUAAACAGCGUUUGGUCCGCUCGAAGCUACCUAGAGGUUAUUUUUUUAAUAUGUGCAAAAUGAAAUUGAUAAUUUUCAGGCCCUUUCCCGUUUCCUUUUAUUGGAAAUGUUCCUCAACUUCUAUUUGCAGUUGCUAAAACUGGAGGAAUCGUUAAAGCUAUCAAAACUUUCAAAGAGGUUUGAAAAUAGGUUAUUACAAAGCAUGAAGGAAAUAAGUAGAAACAUUGAUAAAUUCAUUCAAAAUGUUGAUACUCUAAGUCGCUGUCUUCUAACACUGAAAAGAAGCUUCUAGACCUCACUACUUCUCACUUUAUUAAAAAGAAAAAUGGCAAAAAUUUUGAUGACCCAGGCAGGACUCGAACCUGCAAUCUUCUGAUUAGAAGUCAGACGCCUUAUCCAUUAGGCCACGAGGCCGCCGGUUGCCCUCGCCCGCAAAACAUUACACAUUUGGUGGCAUAUGUGCCUCUUCUUCCACGCACAAACAACAAAAGCUCACUUUUAUCAGUUCUAAGGAGUUUAGGAAUAUGGACCAGUGUUCACUCUGUGGAUGGGGCCGAAGCCCACCGUGCAUAUCGCUGAUUACGAGAUCGCUUAUCAAGAAAUGGUCAAAAAUGGCGGCAGAUACACGGACCGAUAUAUUCCAGAAAUAUUCUUAGAAGUCAGAAGUGAGCGUAAAAUUUUGUAUGAAUUGAAAAAAGAAAAAUUAAAUUUAAGAAGGACUUGGGAUGAUUUUUGCGAACGGUCGAGGUUGGCUGGAGCAACGCCGAUUUUCGCUUCACACUUUGAGGAAUUUCGGAGUUGGAAGGAGUAUUAUAGAAGAGAGGAUCUUGAAAGAGCUCAAUACUAGGUUGGUUUUAAAAGAAAAGUUCGAAAACUCUGAAAUUUUGAAAAAAAAGAACUAGGCUUAAAAAAAUUUUAUUGUGAAAAAAAUCCAGCUAGAGUAUCAGUCAUUGGAAUGAAGUUUUGUUCAAAUAUUUUUCACAUUUGAAGUUCAAAUUUUUGGAGCAUGUUGAAAUAAAGAUUGAAAAACUAAUAUUAAAAGCGAAAAAUGAGGGGCUAUUUUCGACAGGAAAGUGUGCUCCAAUGACUGAUUUUGGAAACUUUUUAAAAAAACCGAGACUUUUUUUAUACUCUCGUUCUAUUUUCAACUCAAAUUGCAUCCUAAAAAAACUGGUACGAAUCCUAGGAAAAAUUGAAUGAUUUUAAAACUUCGAACCUAUUAAUUAUUUCCAGGUUCGCCGCAAUAGAAAGAGAUGCCUCAAAUGGGGUAAUGACCCAAAAUAUCGGUUCAUUUUUCGAUUUGGUCUUCGGUAAUGUGAUCUACGGCUUGAUGUUUUCCCUUCAUUUUGAAGAGGUUCCUGUUAUUUUUGAAUUUUUGAUUAUUUUCUUUACAGAAUGAUCAAAAAUUCGAAAAGUUGAAAGGAAUGUUGGGAUCGUCUUUCGAGAAAUUCAACUUGUUCGACAUCUCCGUUCCAUUAUGGGUUUUAAAAUCGCCAUUUUUCAAGUGGAGAUUCGACUCUCUGACCAAGCCAAUUAUUGGAAUUAUUGAGUUUUGCAGCGAGCAGGUGAAUAAAAGGUGAGUACUGAUCAAUAUUUAGCGACACAGAGCAGAAAAUGUUUGGAAUGGCUAAAAGCGUCGCCGUCGCGUUGCGGUUAGAACCAAAGCUUCAGUAAAUAAGUUGAAAGCUUGAUGAAAUGCUUGUUGAUAAAGUCGUUCUAAGUCGGUCCUGUUCAAAAUGAGCCACUUUGCGAAAGCGAAUUCUUAGCCAUUCCCCGUGCGACAAGUACUUUUCCAAAUCCUCCAAUUCAGAUUGGCAAAAAUCAAAUCAGGAGAACACAUAAUCGCCGACGAGCCUCAAGAUUUUGUGGACGCUUAUUUGAAGAAAAUAAACGAAGAAUCCAACAACAAUGGAACUUAUUUUGAGUAAGACGCCACCGCAAGACCGUCAAAGUCUUCAUUUCAGCUUAGAAACGUUGAACGUGAAUUUAUUGGAUCUUUGGGUGGCUGGACAGGAAACCACUUCGAUAACAUUGUUGUGGGGCAUGAUUCUACUGCUUAAUAACCCUGAGGUGAGGUUACUGUAGCUUGAUUACUGUAGGGAGUUUGAGGUCAGCCUUUGCUACAGUAUAGCUCUAAAGAAACGAAAAUUAUGCUACUUACAUUUUUGGGACCGUUGGUGAGAGAAAACAGGGAUCAGACAGGUCAAACUUAAGUAGAAAAAAAAAACAAUUCUUACUUUUAUCCAGUGUUCGACUUUGAGUAAAUUAAUUUAAUCAACUGCAGAAUUUUUUUGUCUUUCAUUUCACGAAACUUUGAAUUUUUAAGACAACUACAUUCUAUUUAUCCCAUAUUUACCUUCCCACUAUGUCUUCCUUACGAAGUAAACAUUUCGUAUCAAGUUCUGAUCCCUCUUAUCAGUUCGUUAAUGAUUACGUGAAUGUUUUCAAAAAACUCACUUCCUUGUUGGCAGACAAACAAUUUUAUUUUCUCCCACAACAAAAGUUCUAUUCAGCACAUAACUAAAAUACGGGAAGAAGUGAAUCGAAUCACUGGAAAUGGAUCUCGUCAACUAUCCCUUUCGGAUAAAUCUGAAGCCGCUUAUCUCAACGCCACUAUUCAUGUCAGUUUUCUUUGCCAACUUUAAAAAUCCUUUUUUCAGGAAAUUCAACGACAUGCAUCUAUUCUCAACCUGAACAUGUGGCGGAUAGCUGCCGAGGUUCGUGAAGAAGCAAAAAAUUGGACUUGACUGCCUUGGUCGCGUUUGGGAACGGCUCGGAGCAUUUCAAAAUUUUCAUAGCUCCAACCAACAAAUCUCUUAUUCUAGAUAGAACCCUAGGCUGAGAAGGAAAGACGUUUUGGGUCGGGUGCAGCUUUAUUAGAGGCACCAAACACUAGAAGAUCUGCUACAGCAAAAUUAAAACGUACACACAAGAUUUUAAGCCAUUCUCAUACGAUUUUAUGACAUUUCAAGAUGCUAGAAAGUGUGUUAAUUCAAAAAUUAAUUUAAAAAAACCCCCCAUUUUUCAGGGCGUCGUUCUGAAUGGAGAGCCAGUUGAAGCUGGAACGGUUAUAACCGCUCAACUCAGUUUGUUUCACACAGAUGAUGCCGUUUUCAAGAACUUUUGAAAAAGGUUCUUUCAUUUUUUUAUUUCUUUUUAGAAACUGUGUAUUUUAAUUAUGGAAAAUCUUUAAAAAAAUCGAUUGCUAUAAAAUUUGAAAAAGCAAAAAUUGUGCAAUUCAUCAAGUUUUGAACGAGACUCCUAUCAAAAUUUUUUUGCAGUUAAUUUUAAAAAAAUCUAAAAACUUUUUAUCAAUUUAAUGUUCAUAUAAAUCAGGAAAUGAAAGUUGAAAAAAAUAAAAAAAUAAAACUCACAUUUGAUCCAUUGAAACGAUUGAAAAACAAGAAUGAGUUGAGAUGCGAAGAAACUGCAAAAAAUGGCGUUCAUUUAUUUACAAGAUAUUUUUUCUUUAAAAAACAGCAAGAAAAUUCGAAUAAAACGACCUCAAAGCGUACGGAUGUGAAUAUUGAUCUUCGCAGAGCCAUCUCGAUGAAGUUAACAUGAAAAAGAAAUAGAAACAAAAUGUAAAAAAACGUGAAAAAAAAUUAAUUCGACCGCCAAAAAUCGAAGAUUCAGCAGUUGCGUCGUUGUGUUUGCGGAGUUUGGUGUUACCGUAACUCAGACAAGCUGGAUUUUUUAAAUUUUUUUCUCAAAACCUUUUAAUAAGAAACUUCUGAAAAACUUCUUUUAUGUAAACAAAAAACUCGAAUGUUUUUCGAAAAAAUUUCUUCUCUACUUCUUUCAUUUGGGAGACUUGAACUGUACUUUUCAAUUCAGUUUGCAGAAUUGUUGUUGUCUUAUUAAAAAUUUAUAUAAUUAAAAAAAUUUCUAGUUUGAUCCGGUCCGAUUCUUGGAAAAUGAAGAUUUGGCGCACAAUGUAUCUCCAUUUGGAAUGGGCAAACGAGCUUGUUUGGGCGAAUCUCUAGCCAGGGCUGAACUAUUCUUGGUAAAUUGUUUUCUAUGUUAUUUAAAGGAAAAUUUUGCAUUUUACAGAUCCUCGGCAACUUCAUUUUACGAUACGACAUAAAGCCAAGUGGAGAUCUACCGAGCGUGAAAACGAUAAAUCCUAAUGGAAUUUUAAAGAGACCACCUAAAUGCGAAGUUGAACUUGUAAAAUUAACAUGA